AUGAGCGACGCUCUUAGUGAUCCUGCAAUGAAUUUUGAGAUGUUGGUAUCAAGACUCCGUGCCAGGGCCGCUGUGGUCCAAGGAAAGGAGUUAGCUAGUCAAUAUCUAACCCAAGCCGCACAAACUAGAAUAAUCGACAAACCCCACGUCAAGGAUAUCGACGCCAGGGACGUGAUAAUCAUAAUUCCCGCCAAUAAGGAGCGCUGCAGAGCGAGAGAGCAGUUUAAUGAUUAUCAACGUAUAGAUAGUAGAUGCUCCACUUCUGACCGCACAUAUCACGCCUUUGUCAUGGACUUUGAAAAGGGCUAUAUAAUUGAGUCAGAUAGUGAGGAGAAUAACAUUGAAGAAGAAGACAACAUUGAGGACGAUGCUACUGUGUAUUUUAUAAUUAACAAACUGCAAGAUCAUUCCUUUAUCCAUUGGAUAAGUGGAUACCACGACGAUAUCGAUCAGGAAGGAUUCCACCACAAAUUGGAGGUAAGAGAGCUUGAUCAAUCAGAGCGCAAGGAUGGCCUCCUAGAACCUACUUCUCAAUUUGUACUUGAACACCAUGAAGGCAAGAUUUUCCAAGGAAUUCUUCCAGAUACUGGAGCAGCAAAGGUAUCAACUGUUGGCCGACGUCAACUUGCUGCCUUGCAGAGAAGCUAUCUAGAGAUUACCGUCAAUAGGACCCGUGGAGACGUAUGGGUCCUAAUUAUUAGAAAGCAAGGCCACCCAUGGUUUUUCCUUGAUAAGAAGCAGGCGCUAGUAACAUUUCUCACAGAGAUUGAGAUAAGACGACUUCACUAUUGGUUUGGCCAUCCUGCGGUUAACUACUUGCACAAGCUUUUAAAACGAGCAGGCCAUAAUGAUAUAGAUUACAACAAUCUUGCAGAAAUUGAGAAGUUUUACCAUCACUGCUAA